GCGAGCCAGCGAACGUAACCUCUAAAUGCCGAAGUGACAGCGGCGAGAGCAAAAGAAAAAUCGUUACGCACAAUUUUAAUUAUUAAUUGGACUCCGUGUAAAAGAGAGCGUAUACAGAAUGUAUCACUCCGACACGAGAAUCGACGAAGCGUCGGCGCGAUUUGUACAAUUUUGACAAGCCGGCAUGAGAGGAAAGGGUGGAGAGUAACUGAUUAAUAUUGUAUAUAUGAAAAUUGUUACAUGUUACGUUUUUGCACAACGAUCCCACAAGUACGAGUCUUUUUUUAAAGUGUAAACCGAGAUACAUGUCACAUCGAUUUAAGUGACACUCUUGUUUGUUAUAAUCGAGUUAUCAUCGUCGAGGUUACACGAUAGAUAAUCAUGUUGCCGCAACUAGCGAAGGAGAAGCACGCCAAGUACUUUCGAGGCUUACUAAAGAUCAUGCCUAGCGAUCUGGCGGAAUUCGAUUCCACCAGGCUGAUGAUAGCGUACUUCGCGUUGUCUGGUCUAGAUUUGUUGAACUCGUUGGACGAGCUCGGGGAGAAGGGUAAGUCCGAGGCUAUCGAUUGGAUCUACCGUCUGCAGGUUGUGGGAGCGGGCUCGCGUUCCGGUUUCCAAAUCUCCACGACCAUACCAAAGGACAUGCCAGAGUAUCAGUGUGGUCAUUUGGCAAUGACCUAUACUGGCCUGGUCACCCUACUGAUCCUCGGCGAUGACUUGAGCCGAGUCGACAGGAAAUCUAUCAUCGAAGGAGUGUGCUCGUGCCAAAACCCGGAUGGCUCUUUCACAGCCAUGGUGACAGGAUGCGAGAGUGAUAUGAGAUUCGUUUACUGUGCCUGUUGCGUCUCCGCUAUAUUGGACGACUGGUCGGGAGUCGAUAUUCCAAAGGCUAUUGAUUAUAUUUUACGAAGCAUUUCAUACGACGGUGGUAUUGGACAAGGACCUGGUCUCGAGUCACAUGGAGGAUCCACUUUCUGCGCCGUGGCAAGCUUGUUUCUAAUGAAGAAGCACGUCAAUGUGUUCGACGUGCUGACAUGGAAUCGUUUGGCUCGACUGAGGCGUUGGUGCCUUAUGAGACAAGAUGGUGGAUUUCAUGGGAGACCAGGGAAACCAUCCGAUACGUGUUACAGCUUCUGGGUUGGUGCUACGCUUGAACUGCUCGAGUUCUUCGAUUUCUCAGACGCUGAACAGAAUAAAGCAUUUAUUCUUAACACCCAAGAUACGAUUGUUGGAGGUUUGGCAAAGUUCGAAAACACUCGACCUGAUCCUUUGCAUACAUACUUAGGUCUGUGCGGUUUGAGUCUCUUGGGACAACCCGGUCUAUGUACGAUAAAUCCAGAGCUCAAUAUCUCUCAACGAGCUUACGAACACUUACAACAGAUUCAUAAAAAGUGGCGGAGUGAAUGAUUCUGGUUUAUAAGGGUUUAUGAAGAUAAGAGAGAUAUCAUAUCAAAUGCACAGAGUUAAAUGUAUCAGAUCCAACACUUUUGCAUUCGCUCGUAACUCCUGUUUGUAUUUUAGUAUAUUCUCUGUGCUGGAAAUCUCAUUCUAAAGAUGUCAAUUAAUAUUACUACAAUAAUCACACGACAUACGUAUGUUGUAAUGAUGUUUUCUUUUACAUGAUUUGAGACUAUGUUGAAGGAUGUGCUUGUUACGUAUGUAUAGCAUACACAUUAAAAUAUGGAUAUUACUAGUAGAAAAUUUACUAGCUAGAAGAAUAUUAAUAAAAAUAAUUUAGACUAUUGUCUUUUAAUCUCUA